AUGGAGGGACAACGACAUAUCCCUUUGGUUGUUGAAGACAUAACCCAUUUCCUGAAGGAGCAUAAAGAGACGAAGAUCCGUCCCACGGUAACAGGAAGCUCCGAUUUCCAGCUGGAGCCACGUCGAGAGACACCCCGCCGUGUCUCGAUUCCUCCUGAGCAUCAUCGCCGCCGCCGCCCAGAGGCACUCGUUAUGUCCAUCACCAGUGGUGAGACUCGGCGCUCUUCCAUCUUCGACUCCGUCGAAUCUUCAUCCUCCGCUUCGUCGGCCUUGCCAGGGCGACGGCUCCCGUGCGAAUUCUACUGGUAUGGCGAUUGCGAAGAGACGUUCGAUCUCCGUGACAUCGAUGGCUGGGUAGAUCACGUUGCGGCCCACCAUCUCGAUAUGAUACUGCCAAGCAAGAGCUGUUGCUGGUUUUGUGAUGAGGUCGUGUUCCACGCCCAGCCCGAAACCCAGCAACAGUGCCGGCUCCGCUAUACGGACAGAAUGCAUCAUAUUGCAGGCCACUAUCGCCGAGGGGCAACCCUCGCUAAUGUUCGUCCUGAUUUCGACUUUCUCGACCAUCUCCGGAUAAAUGCUUUGAUAUCCGAAGGAAGCUUCCAGCGUGCUAGAAACUUUCACGAAGCACCUCAACCAAAAAAUGGCAUCAACUCUGAGCCGAAGGUUUCAAGAAUAGACAGGGGAGCUGUUAUAGAGGUGAGAUCUCGCCCGCUACGUCGCCCGCGAGGUCGUCCCGAAUCUCAUACCAGUUAUCGCUCAUAA